GCUGGCUGCCUGUUUACAUUUCUCAGCUUACAGGAGCAUAUUUUUAACCUCUGCCUCUUUUUGUUCUUUGUGCAGGUGCUGGUGAGUCGGGGAAGAGCACCAUUGUAAAGCAGAUGAAGAUUAUUCACGAAGAUGGCUACUCAGAAGAAGAGUGUAAGCAGUACCGAGCAGUGGUCUACAGCAACACAAUCCAGUCCAUCAUGGCCAUCAUUAAAGCCAUGGGCAACCUCAAGAUUGAGUAUGAGGACAGCUCUAGAACGGACGAUGCCCGCCAGCUGUUUUCCCUUUCUGCAGAUGCAGAGGAGCAGGGCAGUCUGCCAGAAGACCUGGCCAAAGUCAUCCAGCGACUGUGGGGCGACGGCGGCGUCCAGAGCUGCUUCACACGCGCCCGAGAGUAUCAGCUCAACGACUCCGCAGCUUACUACCUUAAUGACCUGGAGAGGAUAGCCAAGUCCGACUACAUCCCCACACAGCAAGAUGUGCUGCGGACCCGAGUCAAGACCACAGGCAUCGUGGAAACGCAUUUCACCUUCAAGGACCUGCAUUUCAAGAUGUUUGACGUCGGCGGCCAGCGUUCAGAGAGAAAGAAGUGGAUCCACUGUUUCGAGGGCGUCACAGCCAUCAUCUUCUGUGUUGCCCUGAGUGCCUACGACCUGGUGCUGGCAGAGGAUGAGGAGAUGAACCGAAUGCAUGAGAGCAUGAAGCUGUUUGACUCCAUCUGCAACAACAAGUGGUUCACAGAGACGUCCAUUAUCCUGUUCCUCAACAAGAUGGACCUGUUUGAGAAGAAGAUUGAGCACAGCCCCCUGACCAUCUGCUUCCCUGAGUAUUCUGGCCUUAACAAUUACAAGGAGGCUGCAGCUUACAUCCAGAGCAAAUUUGAAGACCUGAACAAGAAGAAGGACACCAAGGAGAUCUACACCCAUUUCACAUGUGCCACUGACACCGAGAAUGUGCAGUUUGUGUUUGACGCAGUCACAGACGUCAUCAUCAAGAACAACUUGAAGGACUGCGGCCUCUUCUAAAAAUCCGAUCAGAGGAAGACUCAAGAUUACUUGAACAGUUCUGAUGACCAUGACGGCGGGUUGUUUAUACAUACACCACGAAUAACUGCACUGUCCAAUUCUGCUUCAGUCUGCUCUUCUUUUUUAUUAAAGACACCUAAGAAACAGAAAACCCAACGAGCCUUCCAGAUUAUCCAUCAAAAAGAGAUCCAGUCACUCAUCGUUGUCGGCUCUUUUGGCUCAAAUCAACAUCUGUUAUUCGAUUGUUUUGUUUUUCCUUUAUUUUCAAUUGCUUAAGGAGGGAAAGGAUUUUUUUAUAUAAACACCUAAAUUUAACUUGUAGAUCCUGAUGUGCAAAUUAUGAACGUUUUAAUGAUGUGGAGCUUAUUUUUAAAGCCUCAGCAGAAGCAUGGAGAUUAAAAUGAAAUGAGAUUCAUAAAAAAAGAGAAAAAAAUCAUAAUAAAAAAAUAAAAAUAAUGUUUACAUUAGUUCAUCAUUCAAAGCUUAACCGUAUAUUAUUCUGCAUGUCUCCACAGGACCAAUAAUAGCUCUGUAAUCUGCACAAAUUAUUCUAACAUUCCUACAAAAUGAUUUCAAAAAAUAUAUUUUUUUUUUUUUUUUUUUUUUUUUUUUUUUUUUUAUAAAAAUAAAUAAAAAAACAUUUUUUUCACCUGCAGGGGAAAAUUAUGACAAAAUGCUAACAUGUAUUUAAAGUCCAUGUGUACCUAACAUGCUAUCACUUUUUAUACUACCAUUCAUUUCUGUCUAUUGCAGUAUGUUUUGUGCCUUUUACUUCUGUUUAGGGCAGUUCCCUAGAUAUACUUUGAUUCCUACUUUGCCUCUAAAUUUGUUUUCUUUGUAUUUUUUUUCCUCAGCCUAUAAUGUAUGAAUAUAUAGUGAUUAUUCAAGAGAGAUGGAAAUCUAAUUAAGAAAAAAGUUAGCAUUUUUUGGUAAAAUAUUAGAAUGAUUUGAAAGGUCUUAUACGAUUUAAUUUAAAUAAAGUAGAAAUCACUCUUG